AUGACUUGGCACACCCGUGCGUCGGUCCUCGCGCUGCUCCUGCUGGUGCUGCUGCUGCUGCGUGCAGGAGCUGUCUCUACGAAGGAAAAGCAAGCAGACGCUGUGCAGCAGGACCCUGCCGUCAGUCGCUAUGCCUACGUGACUGUCCACUACGAAGGCACGAGUCGAGACGCCGAGUACGUCUUGGGCGUUCAAGUGAUGAUGCACUCGAUCAAGUUGACCGGCUCGCCGUACGACCUCGUGGUGUUGGCAUCUGAUUCCGUUUCUGAGACGAGCAAAGCACUGUUUCGGUCCAUGGGUUGUCGGGUCCUGGACGUCGUGGACAUUCACAACCCGUUUGUUGGGGGUACGCUGCGUAACCACAACUUUAUCUACACGCUGAACAAACUGCACGUGUGGAACAUGCUCGAGUACGAGCGUGUCGUAUACCUCGAUGCCGACAAUGUCUUGAUCCGGAAUGCCGACGAGCUCUUUCUCUGUGGCGACUUUUGUGCCGUGUUUAUGAACCCGUGCCACUUUCACACCGGGUUACUCGUGGUUACGCCCUCUGCCACCGAGUACCAACGUUUGCUGGAAGGUCUGGACCAUCUUGAGAGUUUUGAUGGAGCGGAUCAGGGCUUCUUGUCAUCCAUGUAUAGCGAAAUGCUGCGGAAAGCCGAGCUGUUUACGCCUGGGAAAACGCCGUUUUCUGGAGCUGAGCUGGACGGACGGAAAAAGGUGCGUGUGAAGUCAAAAGGCAUGAGACUGCCAGUGGGCUACAACAUCAAUCACAAGUACUUUUACGAGCAAUAUCAUUGGAAACUGUUCUACUUGCGACAGUUUGCGUCGAUGACGUCGCCGAUUAGUCCAAUUAAGGUCGUGGUGGAGUCAGCGAGGGGAAUACCGGCACUUACGGUGGGCUACCCCAUGGCUUCUGUCUUGAAGCCGUGGUAUUGGUGGGCUGGAUUUUUCUUGGACUUGCACGGUGUGUGGCACGAUAUUCGGGCGACACUACCACGAUCGCAGGAACGCUAUGGAGGGGAAGAAGCCAUCAAGACACUGCUGGGUUUCUUUAGCUCGCUCGCGUUACUUACGGCAGCUCUUUAUGCACUCAAGAUUACGCUGCCUAUGCGUCAAAUUCAGAAGCGUUGUGUAGCGUUGACGAUGCGAAAUAACAAGCAGGUCCGGUAUGCUUACAUGGCGUUCCGAAUGGCUCUUGUGAUGCUUGCUUUCCGCAUUGCUCCUGCGCGCAUACACCCACUAGCUCCCGUGUACUACGGCUACAGUCUCAUGAUCUUCAUGAACGUGUUUCUGCACAUUUACUUUGCCAGUGUGAUAUCCAACUUCUGGGAUCCGCAUCAGCAAGUGUCUAUACCACCCGUGCUGUACGUGACUCGAUUUUGGUUGUACGUAGCUAUCACAGCGGCAUUCGAGCUCAUGGUGGUCUGGCUCAGUACAUGGAACGUGUUUCUGAACGUGUUUUGGCGACUGCUUUCGAUCUUCUUCUCGAUCCUCUCGUGUGCGUACUGGCAGAUCAAAUAUUACCGCCUCGUGCUUGAUGCCGAGUUUGGUGGCCGAAAGGAACGACUCAGGAGCCUCUAG